UUUCUUCGAUUCUUCCUCUUCCUUUUUCAAGCUUCAUCUCAAUGAGGUUCUCUUUCCAACAUACAUAGAGCAUUGCUUAGCUCAAAAGUUCAGUGCCAUUUUGCCUUUGAAUUGUAAAAUAGAGCUUCAAUUUCUUCAUGGGUUAAUCGACGACAUUUCAAGGAAGAUGAUGGCAAUAACAGUGAAGCCUCCUUCAUCCCAAUCACCAUUGUUCAGGUACGUUUCGCAAAACCCAGCUUUGUUUCUCUCUCGGUUAUUCUGCUCUGGAAGCUCCAUUAACGAUGACGUUGAGACUAUUUUUCGCAUAGUCAGUUGCUCGAACCAGUCUAGAAACUUGAAGCAAGCAUUGAAAUCAAGUGGGGUUUUUCUCUCAAAUGAUUUGAUUGAUAAGGUUCUAAAACGGGUUAGGUUCAGCCAUGGAAACCCAUUACAAGCUUUGGAGUUUUUCAAUUAUACUGGGAAUAGAAGAGGGUUUUAUCACAGUUCUUUCUCGCUGGAUACUAUGCUUUAUAUAUUAGGAAGAAGUCGAAUGUUUGACAAAACUUGGGAGGUCUUAGUUGACAUUAAGUAUAAAGAUAGAAAUUUGAUAACCCCACGGACUGUGAUGAUUGUUUUAGCUAGGAUUGCUAAGGUUUGUUCGGUUAGGCAAACUGUGGAGUCUUUUAGAAAGUUCAAGAAGCUUGUGCCUGAAUUCGAUACAACUUGUUUCAAUUCUCUGUUGAGGACUCUUUGUCAGGAGAAGAGUAUGACAGAUGCUAGGAAUGUGUAUCAUAGUCUGAAGCAUAACUUUACGCCCAAUUUGCAAACUUUCAAUAUAUUGUUAUCCGGGUGGAAGUCAUCUGAGGAAGCUGAGGGGUUCUUUAAGGAGAUGAGGGAGAUGGGUGUGGAGCCUGAUAUCGUUUCAUACAAUUGUUUGGUUGAUGUUUAUUGUAAGAGUAUAGAAAUAGACAAAGCAUAUAAAGUGGUAGAGCAAAUGCGUGACGAGAAUAUAUCACCUGAUGUGUUCACCUAUACUAGUAUCAUUGGGGGAUUGGGGUUGGUUGGUCAGCCUGAUAAAGCCAGAGAUGUAUUGAAGGAAAUGAAGGAGUUUGGGUGCUACCCUGAUGUUGCAGCAUACAAUGCUGCCAUUAGGAAUUUUUGUAUUGCGAAGAGGCUUGGUGAUGCUUAUGAGUUAAUGGAUGCAAUGAUGAGUAAGGGUUUGAGUCCAAAUGCAACUACGUACAAUUUGUUCUUUAGGGUUUUCUUCUGGUCGAAUGACGUGCAAAGCUCAUGGGGUUUGUAUGGGAGAAUGAUGCAUACUGGAUGCCUGCCAAAUACACAGUCUUGUAUGUUCCUGAUUAGGUUGUUUAAGAGGCAGGAAAAGGUGGAUAUGGCAUUGCAGCUGUGGAAUGAUAUGGUUGAGAAGGGUUUCGGUUCUUAUAUAUUAGUAUCUGAUGUGUUGUUUGAUUUGCUUUGUGACUUGGGAAAACUAAUGGAAGCAGAAAGAUGCUCUUUGCAGAUGAUGGAAAAGGGGCAUAAGCCAAGUAAUGUUUCCUUUAGAAGGAUCAAGGUUCUUAUGGAACUGGCAAACAAGCAUGAGGCCCUGAAUAACUUGACAGAGAAAAUGGCAGUUUUUGGCUCUUCAAUCCAUCUUCCUGGGAGUACAAAGAGCUCAGCAGAGACAUCACGUUUAGAAUCACUUCCAAUAUAGAAGUGUGUGGGUUACUAAUCAUGAUUUUUUUGAUGGUGUUGUGGAAUUACUGAUGCCGAAAAUGUUUCUGAUUGAUAUGUGAGAAAAGGUGCUUUGCAUGAUUGGGAAUUUUAGGCUUGCCACGGUGAAGUGUUAAGAGCAUAGCAUGUGGAUUUGGAAUUCAAAAGUUUUUUUUUUUGGCUUGGGCCUAGUCUUGGCACUUGCGUGUAAUGUCUGUUACAAGUUCAAUGGAUUUAGAUACUGUGCCCUGGGCGUUGGUGGUGUUGAUUUUUUUGUGGAAAGGAGGUUGCAAAUUUAUAGACUGGUUAUGCUGAAAUGUUCUUACUUUGCAGAAACGUGGCACACCCUUUGUUACUUGUUUGAAAAAUAUUCAUAUUGUGCUUUUACUUGCAUUUAAUACGGUGCAGUCAGAUGGGCUCACCCACCCUGCAAAUUAUCCUAACUGCGCCUCAGAACUGUUAGACAACUUUCUAGUUUAAGUCAGUAGGAGUAUGAAGAUGUAUCUAUGAAGGCAAAUCAAGGCUUAAUGUAUCCUUCAGAGCCUUUCACCACCCAUGUCCCUUGGGGAGAUAGCAAGGACUUUGGGAUGUUUGAACGCAUGCAGUUAUUCCUUAGCAUGUGCAGUGGAAUGACAGAGGAAGCUUCAGCUCAAAGUAUGGGAAAUAGAAGAUCUACUUGCUGCUGUAUGCCUAACCAAAUACUAUUCCAAGGGUUGUGAAAGCCCACAAUGUAGUAUUUGCUACAAUUGCUUUUCUGUGAUGUUUGAACCAGUACAAAAAGUUCAGGGGAUGACUUUACUACUGACAGAAUCGCUGAGGCUUGUACCUGCUUCAUAGGGACCAGGUACCGCGAACCUAACGGAAUAAGCAAUGUCCCAUGCCUUUCUUGGUUGGACCCCCAACCAGCGAUUUUCAUCUUCCUGAAUUGGGAUAUCAAGGCUAGGUAGGCAAGUUUACAGAUACUGCUGCAUUAUGCGUCUUUAAAUUGUGUAUAUUUGCCUCUGGUUGAUAUGCUGCUGCAUUAUGCGGGUGAAAACUUAAGCCGGCGACAUUUUGGCAUGUCUGUUUGUAACAAAAAUGUAAAAGUUCCUCAUGUUGUACUCUAAGAUAUUCCUUGAUAUAAUUUCAUUC